GACGAGAGCGGCCGUUACGAUUUGAAUUUUCCGAAGCUGAAACCGCUGACGCGGCCGUGUGUUCGUGUUUUUAUUUUUUUCUUUAUUAUUUUAAUCAUUAAAGUUCGUGAGUGUCAAGGUCCGGCCGUCGCAGCCGCCGCCGGCGCUCGAAAAAGACCAUGGCGGACGGGCCCGGGGAGGGCUCGAGCCACAUGCGUGUCAUCGUGCGGGUGAGGCCGCCCAACUCGCGCGAGAGGGACACCAACCACCGCCUCGUCGUGCAGGUGGUGGACGACCAGAUGCUGGUGCUGGACCCCAAGGAGCAGGCGGAGCCCAGCUUCCUACAGGGGCGGCAGCUGCGGCAGCGCAACAUGCUGGCGCGCAAGCCCAAGGACCUGCGCUUUGUGUUUGACCGCGUGUUCGACGACACGGCGACGCAGGAGGAGGUGUUUGAGGGCUCCACGCGCUCGCUCGUCGAGGGCACGCUCAACGGCUUCAACUGCACGGGUAACCGGGCCGCGCGAUGA